AUCAUUUUAUUGGUACAGAAACUUUCAAAUCACGUUAAUUGAAGAUUGUAAAUUUUCGAUGUUAAAUAAUUUUUAAUAAUUUAAAUUUGUUACCGCUGUAUUGCUUGAUUAAUUCUAUUAAACAGUAUAGAAAUUAAUCAUUUUAUUUCGCUCAAUUACUGAUUGUUAAAAAAGAUAGGACUCAACAAUUUGACAAGAUCCUAAAUUGUUGUGGAGUUUUAAAACCUUAACAGCAUACUUCAAAACACUUAAAAUAUCGUAACAGAAGGAUUAACGUAUUUCAGAAAAAAUAAAUCCAUACAAUCGGAAGGUGACCGGGAGAUCAUUAUAAUUUAUAAGUCAAGAAAGCCACCUCUAAAAUAACGGGGUCCAUACUCUAAUCAGCGGUAUUAUAAUUUACAUUGGAAUACAUCCUUUUAUCGGAUCUAUCCUAAAUUGUUGCGGAGUUCUAAAACCUUAACGGCAUACUUCAAAACACUUAAAAUAUCGUAACAGAAGGAUUAACGUAUUUCAGAAAAAAUAAAUCCAUACAAUCGGAAGGUGACAGGGAGAUCAUUAUAAUCUAUAAGUCAAGAAAGCCACCUCUAAAAUAACGUGGUCCAUACUCUAAUCAGCACCUGCGGUAUUAUAAUUUACAGUGGAAUACAUCCUUUUAUCGGAUCUAUUUAGAAUCAUGGAAUUUAAUCCAAUGAUGUCUUCCCAUACCCGACGACGAUUUGAAGCAAAACUUGACGACGUUCGAGUUAAUUCACCUUUCUAUGCAGGCGGUGAGUCUGACGAUGAAUUAAUGCAAAAAAAACGCUGGGUAUACCCGCCUAAACGAGUUCCACCAAAACCGAAGUCAUGUAUCUUCCCUUUCUUGGCUAAAAUUUUUGAGCCGUUCAAGAAGCCUCUAAAGGUUAUUGGAGUUACUUCAAUGCUAUUUAUUGUAGCAAUGAUGUCAAUUACUUCAUGUAAGCCAAUAUAUCCAAAAUUUACGCCGUCAGUAUUUCCUUUCGUGAAUUAUAUGUAUGCUCGCACCACACUUGGAUACGUUUACUCUGUUCUAGACGUAUGCGCCGUUAUUUUGUUUACUGCUAUGGCCUCGUGUGGAUACUUUUGGGGAUUCAUAAGUCACGAACCUUUUCACUCUAGAGAUUAUGAGAAAAUAGAUGACAUGGAGUUAAGAAAAGGUUGUUUGAAAGCAAGAUAUGGUUUUCUGCUCAUCGGUCCUUACGUAUUGUACGUGGCAAGCAACUUGGUAUAUUUUGUGCCUCGCGCUAUGGAAGUGCACCAUAUCGUAAAAUCCUUCAAUCUUCCCGAAACCAGAUUUAUUAUACCUAUAAUGAUGGCCUUAAGCGUAGUUGUAUUUGUAAUAAUACUACAACUCGCGUUAUUUGUUUAUAUGGGUGCUCAAUUAGAAGAAGCAAUUCAAACAACAGUAGAUGCAUAUAAUCCGAUAAAAUAUUACCUUCAACCUGAAAAUCUGUUGCCUUUCUUUCACGAAGCUUAUGUAAGAGAGCAUUUAAAAACAAUGGACACUGAAAAACUAAUAGAAUAAAUUUUAACUAUACACAUAUAUAAUAUAUUAAGUAGACUAAUAUAACACACAAAACAAAACUAUUA